AUGUGGAGAUACACGAACUUGUUCGCGUGUGUGCUGGUUUUGUGUCAGGAUGUGUCUUCACAGAGCAAGAUCUUUGGGGAGACAGAGCCUGUCCGGAUGACCUCAGAGGGCUCGGACUGCCGCUGUAAGUGCAUCAUGCGUCCUCUAAGUAAGGACGCCUGCCUGCGGCUGCGGAGCGGCAGUGUACGUGUGGAGGAUUUCUACACGGUGGAGACGGUCAGUUCUGGAUCUGACUGUAAGUGCUCCUGCACGGCCCCGCCCUCCUCUCUCAACCCCUGUGAGAACGAGUGGAAGAUGGAGAAGCUGAAAAAACAGGCCCCUGAGCUACUGAAGCUGCAAUCUAUGGUGGACCUCCUCGAGGGAACCCUUUACAGCAUGGAUCUAAUGAAAGUCCACUCCUACAUCAACAAGGUGGUGUCUCAGAUGAACACACUAGAAGAGACAAUCAAGACAAACCUCACACGAGAUAAUGAGUUUGUUCGGGACAGUAUGACGAGCCUCACCAACCAGUUCAAAAGAUACGAGAACUACUCCAACGUCAUGAUGAGCAUCAAGAAGGAGAUCUCCAGCCUCAGCCUGCAGCUGCUCCAGAAAGACUCAGCCGAGAGCAAAGCUCAGGACACUAAUGACGAGAAAACCAAGGAGGCUGUAAAAACACCCAACAAAAAGAGCCCCGGAGCCAAACCCCAAUCCAAGCCGCCCAAAGAAAAGGUCAUAAAGCCCAAGAAAGAGGUCGUUAAACCUGGGAAACCGGUUAAGCCUGACCCGACGGCCAAAGCCAAGGUGGUUGGCCACCAGCCUGGCGUGGUGCGGGGCAUCACAUACUACAAGGCAACAAAGCCCGAUGAAGAUGAGCACAGAGGAGACCAGCCUGCAAAAACAUACACAGUCCAUCACAUUGCAGACAACCAGGCAGAGGAUGGAGGAGCUGAAAUGGUCCUCGAGGCCAUGGAUGCCACUGCAGCUGAACCCGUUGCCACCGAAGUCCCCACCACAACCACUACCACCACCACCACCACAAGGAGCACCACAACUGCCACCACGACAACUGCACCGACAACUAUCACCACACAAGGCGCAUCAGCACCCGAAAGACCAGCUCCAACUAUUUUGCUAAUGCUUGACAACUCCAACAACAACAGUCGUCCCACACUGCACCGAGCAGGAAAGAUCCUUAACUGUGAAGGGACCCUGGCAUCCAUCGAGCAGCCAGAGAAGCAGCACAGUUAUGGACGCAAUGAGGGAGCCUGGAUGAAGGACCCCCUGGCUAAAGACUCCAAGAUCUACGUCACUAACUACUACUACGGCAACAACUUGGUGGAAUUCCGCAACCUGGACAACUUCAAGCAAGGACGAUGGAGCAACCUCUUCAAACUGCCCUACAACUGGAUUGGCACAGGACAUGUGGUUUAUAACGGAGCCUUCUACUACAACAGAGCCUUCACCAAAAACAUCAUCAAGUAUGACCUGAGGAUGCGAUAUGUGGCUGCCUGGACUCUGCUGCAUGACGUGGUUUACGAGGACACCACCCCCUGGAAAUGGAGGGGCCACUCAGACAUUGACUUUGCAGUGGAUGAAAGCGGCCUGUGGGUUAUCUACCCUUCUAUGGACUACGAUUACAACCAACAGGAAGUGAUUGUCAUCAGUAAACUGGAUCCUGGAGACCUGUCAUUGAAAAAGGACACAACCUGGAGGACAGGUCUCAAGCGGAACUCCUACGGGAACUGCUUCAUCAUCUGUGGUGUCUUGUACGCUGUUGAUGUGUAUAACCAAAAGGAAGGUGAGGUGAACUAUGCUUAUGACACCCAUACCAACACUGAAGCCAUCCCACGCCUGCCCUUCACCAAUGACUACUCCUUCACCACCCAGAUUGACUACAAUCCCAAGGAGAAGGUUCUGUACGCCUGGGACAAUGGCCAUCAGCUCACUUAUCAAGUGAACUUUCUUGAACAGUGAGGUACAGAUACACUACAGAUAUGCUCCGAGUAGGUCUGCCGGUAUGGCACCUAAAGUAAAAGAACAUACUCAGACUUGACAGCCUAGAAGCAGCCAUAUUGGACUCAACAGGACAAAGGAUGAACCUACACCAGCCUUCCACAACCAAUGCGUGCUAUUUAAACAACUGACCUCACCGAGUACUGCUCAUACAUACAUUUAAAUGUGUUAUGGGAUGUGACUGUACAAUUUGUCUAGAAAGGACAGCAGACGGUAAAAACAAUCUCACAGGUUGAGUCAAACUUCAUGAAAGAAGAAGCAGAACUUAGGGAUGCAGAGAGAUUUCUUUGUUCAUUAAUAUUGUUGGCCAACUAGCCAACAUAUUGAUAGCUAUUAAAAGUUAGUGUCAAAUGGAAAAGAUAUAUUUAACAUCCGUUGUUGAUUUCUGUCAGGGCACUCUGAAGCUUGCGUUUUGGAUUUUUCUCUUAAUAUCAUAUUAGUAGUUUUUUAAACCAGAAAGAUCAUCGAGUCAAAAAAACAACUAACCCCCAAUCCAGAAAAGGGUGUUAGACAUCAAAACACUAAUAAAAGUGAGUGAAUGCAAAGUACAACUUCAGUGCUAUACUGGAAUCUGUGCUCUAUUUUAAGUUCUAUUGCUCUAUUUGGUUUGUACUCUUAAGUCCUAAGUAACGAUGACCUCACUAGCUAGACUUCUGGUUAAUGUAGCACAGCUAGCAUUUGCGAGAAUCAUUAGGUUUUCACAUUUUGGAUUCCCUCCUUUUUAAUCUUUUGCCUUUUAAAUCGACACAGCUUGUAAUAUUUGGCUCCGCUCCCAACAUUUAACUCAGCCAAUAAAGCCCUGUUUCCACCAAGUGGUCAGGUUUGGUUCAGUACGGUUUGGUACCGUAAACCCCAAUCUUGUUUGCGUUUCAACAGCCAACCGGAUCCUUACACAUCACUAAAUCACAGCGGCGCAACAUAGUGUAAACUAAAUUCGGCAAAGAAGAAGAAUGUGACACAGUAAAUAAUUGAUCAAUGAUUCCUAGGAAAGUCUGCAUAUCCGAGGUCGUCCAUGGGGCGGUGCUAUGCACCGACAGUGGAAACGCCAAUAAAUGUGUACCAAACUGAACUAGACUACUUGGUGGAAACGGGGUUUAAGAUUAUUUCUGCUUGCAGAGUAAUUCUCUUUUUGAGAAAUAUUUGUAAACUCAAGUAUCCGCUUUUGUUUCACUUGCUCAUCUAUACUCCAUCCUAUCACCAAGCACUUUGAUCAUGAAUCUGCAUUCAUUAUUAUUCCGGCCUCAUGAUGCUUGCCUGUUUCUGUACCACUGAUAAACUCGGAGGGAUUUGUAGAGGGAUGUAAAAUAAACUCCAAAAAACAAUAGUACACACCUUUCUAUGCUCAAUAUUUUAUAUUUACCUGAAUUCAUUGACCAUACCAUAUACCCUUUUUCCUCAUUUUCAUGCUUCUUGUAAAGUUUCUUUGUUGUUGUAUAAAGUAUUCAGCUUUUGUUUUGUUAAUAGCAUUUGCAUAACCACUAAAUGUGUUGUAAUUCUUGAGUAUUUGAACACUUUAACCUUUGGAAAUAGAAAUGAAAAACGGGAUAAGUCAUGCUAAUACAAAAAACUACCCUGUAUCAUUAGCCAUGCUUUUUUCAGUAAGGAACAUUAUAAAUCAUGGAUCUCAUUAUUUUGAUAAUUACUGAGAGUAAUGUGUAAGACACUUUUUGGAAAGGGCUACCUUGCCCAAGACCAGGUCAUGAGUAAGACCAAGACUAGUGUCAGUCCAAGAAAGUCUGUAACACCAACAGUAAAAUAGAAAACAUGAGUAUGAUUAUUCUUAAAGAUCCAGAAUCCCAUUAAUACAUUUAGCUUAGUAGCAUUAGCUGCUUUAGCUUCCUCCACCUUCACCUCUUUUACUGCCGUAUAUAGUUGUCUUUACAGUAUGUUUGUGUACAUUAGUUUACCUUGACAAAUUUCUUGGUGUUGGGAUUUUCCUUUGUUCUCUAUGAGCAAACAAAUUAAAACAAAGUCUAGCUGAUACCAGCUUCACUGUCUUUAAUUGGCUAAAUGUACAUUAGCUACAUAGCUUUUUGUCCUAUCUCAUUAUUGUUUAACAAAAGUUACUGGUUCCACUUAAAGUGGAACAGAUGCAUCAAUUCACAGAAAUAAUUUUAUAAAUCAGACAUAUUGGUCAUGCGAUUUAGUGAUGUUUAACAUUUGUGAUCCUGACAUAGCAGCAAGAGUUCUGUUUGUCUGUGAUCAAGACAAGACCAAGUAAAAAUGGAAUCGACUCAAAGACGUAAGCUUUAAGACACAUGAGGUAACUCUUAGAGCAAUUUAUACGAUGUUUUGGUCUUGCACACCAUUCAGGAUUUACAGUUAUAUUAUUAAGCUUGUUCACAAAUAAUCAGGAGUGUUUUGUUUAUUCAUAACUGUUUUCUGAUUUCAAUAAAAGUUAUUUGUGAAGUUCAAAUAAAACUCAUGAAAUGUAACAACA